UAACAUCCUCACCUCCUCCCAGACUUCCAAGAACCUUGACCAGUGGCGCUCACUCAGAAGACCAAAGCCACAAUGUCACUGCGAGACUGCCAGGCGUGGAAGGAUGCUGGCCUCCCACUCUCAACCACAAGCAAUGAAGCCUGCAAGCUGUUUGAUGCCACCGUGACCCAGUAUGUCAAGUGGACCAAUGACAAGAGUCUUGGUGGCAUUGAGGGAUGCCUGUCAAAGCUCAAGGCAGCAGAUCCAACCUUCGCCAUGGGCCAUGCCAUCUCUAACGGCCUUGUGCUCAUUGGCACGGGAAGCUCCGUGAAGCUGGACAAAGACCUGGACCUGGCAGUGAAGACGAUGGUGGAACUUUCUCAAAGCCAGACUCUGACACCUCGGGAGCAGCUGCAUGUGUCUGCGGUGGAGAUGUUUGCCAAGGGGAACUUACCCAAAGCCUGUGAUCUCUGGGAACAGAUCCUCCAGGACUACCCGACAGACAUAUUGGCCUUGAAGUUUUCCCACGAUGCCUUCUUUUACCUGGGCCGCCUGGAGCAGAUGCGGGAUUCCGUGGCUCGAGUUUACCCGUUCUGGAGCCCUAAGAUCCCCCUUUACAGCUACGUGAAAGGCAUCUAUUCUUUUGGACUGAUGGAAACCAACUUCUAUGACCAGGCAGAAAAGCUUGCCAAAGAGGCUUUAUCUAUUGAGCCGACGGAUGCGUGGUCAGUGCACACUGUUGCCCAUAUACAUGAGAUGAGGGCAGAGGUCAAAGACGGGCUGGAGUUCAUGCAGCGUACUGAAGGCCACUGGAAGGACUCUGAUAUGCUCGCUUGCCAUAACUAUUGGCACUGGGCCCUGUACUUGAUUGAGAAGGGAGAAUAUGAGGCCGCACUAACCAUCUAUGACAACCACAUUCUCCCCAGCGUGCAGACCAGUGGCUCCAUGCUGGAUGUGGUGGACAGCUGCUCCAUGCUCUACCGUCUUCAGAUGGAAGGAGUGUCUGUUGGCCAGCGGUGGCAGGCUAUUCUACCUGUGACCAAGAAACACACUCGAGACCACAUCCUUCUGUUCAACGAUGCUCACUUCCUGAUGGCCUCCCUGGGUGCACAGGACCUCCAGACCACACAGGAGCUGCUGACUACCCUUCAGGAAGCCAGCAAGUCCCCAGGGGAGAACUACCAGCACCAGUUGGCGAAAGAUGUGGGGCUGCCCCUGUGCCAGGCCCUUGUGGAGGCCAAGAAUGGGAACCCUGAUCGAGUCUUAGAACUGCUCUUGCCAAUCCGCUACCGAAUCGUCCAGAUUGGGGGCAGCAAUGCCCAGAGAGAUGUCUUCAACCAGAUGCUGAUUCAUGCGGCCAUCAACUGCACCUCCAGCGUCCAUAAGAAUGUGGCCCGGAGUCUUCUGAUGGAGCGUGAUGCGUUGAAACCCAACUCACCUCUGACUGAGCGGCUUAUCCGCAAGGCAGCCGCUGUCCAUCUUAUGCCGUGACCAAGGCCAGAUCCUUGGCCUACAGCUCAGCACUGACCUCCUGGCAUUAAGUUGACUAGCUGGUUGGGUUAUUAGGAUUGGGAAAUAGCUGGGCUUACUUGUCAGAGAAUGAUGUUAAGUCCUGAGCAGACUUCUCCAAAUCAAAAUAGUUUGGUAGAAAGAGGGGAUGCAAGUUAAUUUUGAGUGGUGUUUGGAAUUUCUCUUAGGGCCAACAAGCAUUUUUUGGCCUCCAGAACCAAAGCAGUGCUAUUAUUUGCAGAUGCCUUAAAACUGUAUUUUCUUGUUCUGAGGCUGCAGACAGAGGUGUGCCCCCACCCAUGCACACACCUGGUACUAGUGAAACCUUUUCAUUUAGUUUUCCUUAUAGUCUACAUAGGUCCUGCUGUCCCAUUUCCCUGGCGGGGGGGGGGGGGGGGAAUUCCAGUGAGCUGCCUUGGGUCCUAGCAGAGGCUUUUCCUUUUUUAGCAGGAGAGGACUCUGCCUCACUGCCUUUGGUUGUCAGCCCCAUACAGCUGCACCUGCCACCAUCCCCAAAGAUGAGGGCAAAGAUGGCUUCUGUCUCCCUGGUGGAUUUGGUGGUGACAGCUGGAGCUCCUCUUUAAACUGCACACAGGACUGAAGCUUGAGGGAUAUAGCUUUCUUGGGCAACUCUGAUUCUUCUUGUAUCUGUGGGUCUGAGACCCCAGCUUGGGGUUGCUCUGUUGUGGCAAAUAACUGACAUGGCCGCCACAAGAUUUAAGCCUAUCUGCUGCUUCUGCGACAGGGGCAUUCCUCCAGGAAGUGCUGAUACAGUCUUGCUGCUGUCCUCCAGAAGGGGCGGUGCAAGUGCAGAGAUGCUCCUCAGGUUCCUUCAGUGCCCACUUGUGCAGGGACUGAUGGGCAUGUCUCCCAGAAGAAACACAGAGGUGUCCAAACUCAUGAGCUUUGCUCAAUCUGCUCAGAGUCCCUGCAGUCUGCUCAGGCCUGGACAGGUUCUGGGCAUUAAAACAAUUUAAGUCAAUCCUUUGACUACUCACUCCUAUGGCCACCUCUGAACCAGGUUUGGGUUGGGCCCUGGGGAGAUGGGCUUCUCCUUUAAUUUUCACUGGGUGGGGCACCAAGUCAAGAAAUUGUGUAAUUGCCAUAGGGUUUUAAGAACUACUGUCUCUAAAAUAAAAAUUAUAUUUAAAAAAAAAAGGAUGGGGAAGGGGGCUACAGCUGGGAUACAAAAUGAAUAAACUGUAAUUAAUAAAAAUAAAAUAAAAGAACUACCAUUUCCAUGUCCAGAAA